AUGGAGGAAAAACUUAAGACAAACAUUUCCGAUUUGUUUGCUGCGGCUGCGGAACGCAAAACAUAUCUCAAGAUUUGUGCUCCGAUGGUAAGAUACAGCAAGCUAGAGUUUCGGAACCUGGUUCGAUCAUACGGCACGGAUCUGGCGUUCACCAGCAUGAUAAUGGCUGAUUCGUUCUGUCGCAGCGAAAAAGCUCGCUUAAACGAAUUCACCACAAAUAAAGAUGACACACCGUUGAUUGCUCAAUUUGCCGCGAACAACGUUGUGGAUUUUCUUUCGGCGACCGAAAUGAUUUUCCCUUACGUUGAUGGUGUGGAUCUCAAUUGCGGAUGUCCACAGCGUUGGGCGAUGGCCGAAGGUUACGGCAGUGCAAUGUUAAAAACACCAGAGCUAAUGGCUGAUUUGUUAGGUACAGUACGUCGGAACAUGCCUAGUUCGUUUAGCGUGUCGGUGAAGGUUCGUUUGCUGUCGAAUUCGCAGCUAAAGGAAACGAUCGACAUGUGCCGAAAGCUCGAGGCUACCGGCAUCACGUUCCUAACCGUACACGGACGAACUGCGGCCGAGAAAACAAACGUACCAGUGCACAACGACGCAUUGCGGGAAAUAAAGCAAUCCAUUACCGUGCCCAUGGUAGCUAAUGGUGAUAUCUUCACCCUGCAAGACGCCGAUCAUAUGCACGCGGAGACAUUAUGUGACGGCGUCAUGGCAGCUCGUGGCAUGCUUUCGAAUCCAGCACUAUUUUCUGGUUGCAAAAGCACCCCAGUGGAGUGUGUCAAACGAUGGCUGCGCAUAUGUGAACAGGCUGACACGGACAUCACGUACAUGUGCAUGCAUCAUCACUUUUCGUUCAUGACCGAAGCAUUACUACCGAAGCGACGGCGCUGUGAGCUUAAUAGUAUUUCGAAAGACAAGCGCGACGUUUACGAAUUCAUUCGUACACACAUUCCCGUAGAUGAGGUUGGUAACGAUACCCACUGGAAAAGGCACCCGGAAAAAAUUAGCUGCUCGUAUAGUGAGCUAAAUUUCCGACAAAGGUUGGCUGAGCACGGUGGUGUAAUUCCUAGCGGCACAGUCAGUAGUACUUACGACCCAGAAGCAAGCGAAGGUGGCUUUUUCCAAAGCAAACGAACGGAAUUAGAUCAAAAACAAGCGCUUGACGCUGUAGAGCGGGACGAUGACGCGGCCGAUUUCAUGGACGGUGGUGGGUUUUUAUUCGAUGAAUAA